CCCACCGCCCGCGUGUGCGCCCCAGCCUGGACGCCGGCCCCGGCCUGGCCGCCAGUUCUCCGCUGCUCCUUCCAUGACAGCACCCGCUCGAAGAUGGCUGCGAAGGGCGCGCACAGCUCCCACCUGAAGGUGGAGGGCGAGCUGGAGCGCUGCCGCGCCGAGGGUCACUGGCACCGCGUGACCGAGCUGGUCCGCCAGCUGCAGACGCGGCUCCAGCCCAGCGGAAACAGCCGGCGAGCCGCCGCCAGCGCCGGGUCCAUCGCCCAGGACACCGAUGACUUUGGGAAGUUACUCCUGGCCGAGUCCCUCCUGGAACAGUGUUUGAAGGAGAACCACGCCAAGGUCAAAGACUCCGUCCCUUUGGAGAAGAGCGAGCCAAAGAUCCUAGAAGCGAGGAAUUAUCUGAGUAGUAUUCUUAGUCACGGGAAGCUAUCACCACAGUACCUGCAAGAAGCCAUGCUGAUCCUGGGCAAGCUGCAUUACCUGGAGGGCUCCUACCGCGAUGCCAUCAGCAUGUAUGCCCGGGCGGGGAUCGACGACAUGUCCAUGGAGAACAAGCCCCUCUACCUGAUGCGGCUGCUGGCGGAGGCCUUCGUCAUCAAAGGCCUCUCCCUGGAACGCCUCCCCAACUCCAUCGCUUCCUGCCACCGCCUGUCAGAGCGAGAGGAGGACGUCAUCACCUGCUUCGAGAGGGCCUCUUGGAUUGCCCAGGUGUUCCUGCAGGAGUUGGAGAAGACAACCAGUAACACCACGUCGAGGCAUCUGAAAGUCUCUCACCCGCCUGACUAUGAGCUCACCUACUUCCUGGAAGCCGCCCUUCAGAGCGCCUACGUGACCAACCUGAAAAGGGGGAACAUCGUGAAAGGCAUGCGGGAGCUCCGGGAGGUGCUGCGGACGGUGGAGACCAAAGCGACACAGAACUUCAAAGUGGUGGCAGCCAAGCACCUGGCGGGGGUCUUGCUGCACUCACUGAGUGAGGAGUGCUACUGGAGCCCCCUGUCCCAGCCCCUGCCCGAGUUCAUGAGCAAGGAGGAGAGCUCCUUCGUCACCCAGGCCCUGCGCAAACCCCACCUCUACGACGGAGACAACCUCUACUGCCCGAAGGACAACAUUGAGGAAGCACUCCUGCUGCUCCUCAUCAGCGAGUCCAUGGCCACUCGGGACGUGGUGCUGAGCCGGACGCCGGAGCAGAAGGAGGACCGGACAGUGAGCCUACAGAACGCAGCGACCAUCUACGAUCUCCUGAGCAUCACGCUGGGCAGGCGGGGCCAGUACGUCAUGCUCUCCGAGUGCCUGGAGCGAGCCCUGAAGUUUGCCUUUGGGGAGUUUCACCUUUGGUACCAGGUCGCCCUGUCCAUGGUGGCUUGUGGGAAGUCAGCCUACGCUGUGUCCCUGCUUCGAGAGUGUGUGAAGCUGCGGCCCACUGACCCCACUGUGCCCCUGAUGGCUGCCAAGGUCUGCAUCGGGUCCCUGCACUGGCUAGAGGAAGCUGAGCACUUCGCCAUGAUGGUGGUCAGCCUGGGCGAGGACGCAGGGGAGUUCCUCCCCAAGGGCUACCUGGCACUGGGUCUCACCUACAGCCUGCAGGCCUCCGACGCAACCCUGAAAUCAAGGCAAGAUGAGCUGCACAGGAAAGCGCUGGAGAUGCUGGAGAGGGCUCAGGAGCUGGCACCUGGAGACCCCCAGGUCAUCCUCUAUGUCUCACUGCAGCUGGCCCUCGUCCGACAGAUCUCUAGUGCCAUGGAGCAGCUGCAGGAGGUCCUCAAAGUGAGCCGAGACGAUGCCAACGCCCUCCACCUGCUGGCGCUGCUCUUCUCUGCCCAGAAGCACCACCAGCAUGCCCUGGACGUCAUCAACAUGGCCAUCACUGAGCACCCAGAGAACUUCAACCUGAUGUUCACCAAGGUGAAGCUAGAGCAAGUGCUCAAAGGCCCGGAGGAGGCCCUCGUGACCUGCAGGCAGAUGCUGCAGCUGUGGCAGACGCUGUACAGCUUCUCGCAGCUGGGCGGCGUGGAGAAGGAGAAGGAUGGCAGCUUCGGCGAGGGCCUCACGCUGAGGAAGCAGAAUGGCAUCCACCUGACCCUGCCUGAUGCUCAUGAGGCCAACUCAGGCUCUCAGCGGGCAUCGUCCAUCGCAGCCUCUCGGCUGGAGGAGGCCAUGUCGGAGCUGACCAUGCCCAGCUCGGUCCUGAAGCAGGGACCCAUGCGCAUGUGGACCACGCUGGAACAGAUCUGGCUGCAGGCUGCUGAGCUGUUCAUGGAGCAGCGGCACCUCAAGGAGGCGGGCUUCUGCAUCCAGGAGGCGGCAGGCCUCUUCCCCACGUCGCACUCGGUGCUCUACAUGCGGGGCCGGCUGGCCGAGCUGAAGGGCCGCUUGCAGGACGCCCAGCAGCUGUACCAGGAGGCGCUGACGGUGAACCCGGACGGCGUGCUCAUCAUGCACAGUCUGGGCCUGAUGCUGAGCCAGCUGGGCCACCAGAGCCUGGCGCAGAAGGUCCUCCGGGAUGCCGUGGAGCGGCAGAGCACCUGCCACGAGGCCUGGCAGGGCCUGGGCGAGGUGCUGCAGGCCCAGGGCCACAGCGAGGCUGCUGUCGACUGCUUCCUCACUGCGCUGGAGCUGGAAGCCAGCAGCCCUGUGGUGCCCUUCUGCAUCAUCCCCCGGGAGCUCUGAC